AUGUCUGGAAACUCUUCAGGACUGUUAGAUAGCUCCGGUGGCGGUGUAGCCGGUUCAGGAGAGGAGGAGAAAGACAUGAAGAUGGAAGACACCAACGAAGUAGGUGCUGGUGGAGGAGGAGGAGGAAGCCGGUGGCCAAGACCGGAGACUUUAGCUCUCUUGAGAAUACGUUCAGAGAUGGAUAAAUCUUUUCGUGACUCUACUCUCAAAGCUCCUUUAUGGGAAGAAAUCUCCAGGAAAAUGAUGGAGCUUGGUUACAAGAGAAGUGCAAAGAAAUGCAAAGAAAAGUUCGAGAACGUUUACAAGUAUCACAAACGUACCAAAGAAGGUCGUACCGGUAAACCUGAAGGCAAAACUUACCGGUUCUUCGAAGAGUUAGAAGCUUUCGAGACUCUCAAUUCCUAUUCUCCUGCAGCCACCACAACCACAACCAUUACCGCAAUGGCAACCGCAACCGCAACAACUUCUUUGAUACCGUGGAUUAGCUCUAACAAUCCAUCAACUGAAAAGACCUCUUCACCGUUGAAACAUCAUCAGGCUAAUGUGAAACCCAUCGCCACAAACCCUAGCUUCCUUGCCAAGCAACCGUCUCCUACAACACCUUUCCCUUUUUACACCAACAACCAUACAACUCCACUUGUUACUAGUCUUAAACCAACUUCGAAUGAUUUGAUAAACAAUGUUUCUUCACUGAAUCUUUUCUCAAGCUCUACUUCUUCAUCUACUGCCUCUGACGAGGAAGAAGAUCAUGAAAAGAGAUCGAGAAAGAAGAGGAAAUAUUGGAAAGGAUUGUUUACCAAGUUAACAAAAGAGCUGAUGGAGAAGCAAGAGAAGAUGCAAAAAAGGUUCUUGGAAACAUUGGAGAAUCGAGAGAAAGAGAAAAUCUCAAGAGAAGAAGCUUGGAGGGUUCAGGAGGUAACGAGAAUCAAUAGAGAACACGAAACACUUGUCCAUGAGAGGUCUAAUGCCGCAGCUAAAGACGCUGCAAUCAUAUCCUUCUUACACAAAAUCUCUGGAGGACAACAACAACCACAACAGCAACCGCAACAGCAACCGCAACCGCAGCAGAAUCAUAAAGUACCACAAAGGAAACAAUAUCAAAGUGAACAACAUUCAAUAGCAUUUGAGAGUAAAGAUGCUAGGCCGGUUCUAUUAGAGACAACAUUGAAGAUGGGGAACCAUUCUUUAUCUCCUAGUACAUCAAGAUGGCCUAAGACCGAGGUGGAAGCCUUAAUAAGGAUAAGGAAGAAUCUUGAAGCUAACUAUCAAGAAAACGGUACUAAGGGACCAUUAUGGGAAGAGAUAUCAGCAGGGAUGAGAAGAUUGGGAUACAAUAGAAGUGCAAAACGAUGCAAAGAGAAGUGGGAAAACAUCAACAAGUACUUCAAGAAAGUCAAAGAGAGCAACAAGAAACGAUCGAUUGAUUCCAAGACUUGCCCUUAUUUUCACCAGCUUGAAGCUUUGUACAACGAGAGGAACAAAAGUGGGGCAUUGCCAAUGUUGCCUCCAAUGGUGACUCCGCAGAAACAGUUGCUUCUUCCACAAGAAACCCAAACUGAAUUUGAGACUGAUGGGAGGGACAAAGUUGGUAAUAAAGAAGGUGAAGUGGAAGGAGAGAGUGAUGAAGAUGAUUAUGAAGAUGAAGAAGGAGAAGGAGACAAUGAGACAAGUGAGUUCGAAAUUGUGAUGAACAAAACAUCUUCACCAAUGGACAUAAACAGUAAUCUUUUCACUUAAGUGGUUUUUAUAAUCCUUACCUUUAUAUAUACUUUUCUGUUAAACUGCACAAUGGGUUGAAGAAAAUAAAGCAUACACAACAAAUGUAAGUAAAUGGCUUGAUUUUUAGUUAUGUUGUUCCUUUUCAUAAUAUUC